AGUGGCGGUGCACAGCGCAGGUGAUCUGUGCGUGUCCGGCUGCUGCUGCUGGAGUAGGAGGGGAUUCAGGCGCACGCGCACUUCCGCUCACAGAACCCAUGCCGACAUUUCAUACGAGCGCGGUCAGGAAAGUUUUCGCAUUCCUAUGAACACAUUUCCCCGUGUCAAACGGACAGAGUUGGCGACGCGAAGAACGGUCCUCUUCUCGCUACAGAAGCACCAUUUAGAGAUCUGAGGCGAGAACAGAAGAGAGCCGCUGUCCUGCCCGCGAGAUUUACUCAGUCAGCGCGCCUUGUCCUGCGUGUGUGUGUGUGUGUGUGUGUGUGAGAUUGAGCGAUGGCUCCAGCGACGGGUGGUCCGGUGGGCUACACGCCCCCUGAGGGGGGGUGGGGCUGGAUGGUGGUGGUGGGCGCCUUCAUCUCCAUCGGCUUCUCCUACGCCUUCGCCAAGUCCAUCACCGUCUUCUUCAAGGAGAUCGAGAUCAUCUUCGACGCCACCAGCUCACAGGUGUCCUGGAUCUCCUCCAUCACACUGGCCGUCAUGUACGGUGGAGGACCAAUCAGCAGCAUCUUGGUGAAUAAGUAUGGCAGUCGGCCCGUCAUGAUGUGUGGGGGGCUUCUGUCUGGCUGUGGUCUAGUGGCAGCCUCCUUCUGCAACAGCGUGGAGGGACUCUACUUCUGUGUGGGCGUUAUUGGAGGCCUGGGCCUGUCAUUCAACCUGAACCCCGCCCUGACAAUGAUCGGUAAAUACUUCUACAAGCGCCGGCCCAUCGCCAACGGGAUCGCCAUGGCGGGCAGCCCGGUGUUCCUGUCUACUCUGUCGCCGCUCAACACCUGGCUGUACGACCAGUUCGGCUGGCGGGGCAGCUUCCUCAUCCUAGGCGGCCUGCUGCUCAACUGCUGUGUGGCCGGAGCACUCAUGCGGCCCCUCGGACCCAAGGCUCCGCCACCCAAGAUAGAGGACCCCAAGGUGGAGCUGGAGUCCAGCGCGGUAGCAAAGCCCGCCCAGAAGCGAUCGGCCAUUGAGGUCAUCAACAGCUUCAUUGACCUGACGCUGUUUAAACACCGCGGCUUCCUGCUCUACCUGCUGGGCAAUGUGGUCAUGUUCUUCGGCCUCUUCUCGCCCCUCAUCUUCCUCAGCAACUACGCCAAGGACGAGGGCAUCUCCAAGGAGAAGGCCGCCUUCCUGCUGUCCAUCCUGGCCUUCACCGACAUGUUUGCCCGGCCCUCCAUGGGCCUGGUGGCCAACACGCGCUGGGUGCGUCCACGUAUCCAGUACUUCUUCGCCGCCUCGGUGCUGUACAACGGCAUCUGCCACCUGCUGGCGCCGCUGUCGGUGGACUACCUGGGCUUCGCGCUCUACGCCGUCUUCUUCGGGAUUGCGUUCGGCUGGCUCAGCUCCGUGCUGUUCGAGACGCUCAUGGACCUGGUCGGGGCGCAGAGGUUCUCCAGCGCCGUCGGACUCGUCACCAUCGUGGAGUGUGGCCCCGUGCUGUUGGGACCACCGCUGCUGGGCAAGCUGAAGGACGUCUACCAUAACUACCGGUACACGUACAUGGCGUGCGGUGUGAUCCUGGUGGUGGCGAGCGUCUUCCUGUUCGUGGGGAUGGGCAUCAACUACACGCUGCUGGAGCGCGAGAAGCGUGCGGAGGAGCGCAACAGCGCGGCCGACGCCCUCGAACAGGAGGCCAACGACCACAACGCCAGCCGCGAGAAGGAGGGGGAGGAGCCUAACGCAGCCGUGCCCCUCAACCCCCCCGAGGACGAGCAGCUGAAUGAGGACUCCGUCUAGGCCACGCGACGCACGCGCUGGUGAACUCUGACCUCUCACCUCUGACCUCCCGGCCCGCGCAGCGCAGGUGUGUCACCGUCCACACGAGUACUGGAAGAUAACGGUCAAACGGACGACAGCAACGAGCAAACAAACAAACGAAAUACGGACAAAGCAAAUGUGAUUUUACUGUAGUAGGUGCUGGCACGAGUGCAAAGCAACACACACACACACACACACACACACACACACCCACACACACACACACACACACACAUACAAACUGACGAACAAAUACACUCCUUGACAUGCUAGUGAACAAACAUUGACAAAGAAGAAAGAUGAGAUUGGUGAGGUGGAUAUGUGGAAGCAUUUCACACACACACACAAACUACACAUUUACAUCACACACACGCACACACUACAAGUUUUAAGAAGGUUUAGUCAUGACUGGAACAUUUCUCCCUGUAAAUACCAAGUUCCCUCACCAGCUUCAAAACAAAACUUGCUAGACAGACCAGGCAGUAGGAUUCUAUCGUUUGGACCACCUGACAGUCUGUGUGUGUGUGUGUGUGUGUGUGUGUGUGUGUGUAUUGUAGAGGAAUGAUAGAUUGUCUCAGUUGUCCCUCUGUUCUUUUUUGGAUUUGUGAUUCUGAUUUGAAUCUCAUCCCAUGGCAACAGGAAGUAGAUGAGCACUCACACCCCUGUUCCCAUGGGAACGUGAAACAGAACACUCCAGACUGCCCCUGAACUUGAGAUUAGAUUCUUCAAGUCAAGUCAGAUUUAUUUGUAUAGCGCAUAGAUUCUUAACCUCCUCAACAUGGUCUCUUUGUUCAGAGAUGUGAUUCAUGGGGGCAGAGAGGAGGUGACAGAGGGGCUAGUAGUGACCUUAGAAUCCCCACAACUAGCCCUAAAUGGCCCUCAAACUAGCCCUCCCAGAUAUAGCAUGUAGUAUGUAGUCAUUUGGUACACACACACACACACACACACACACACACACACACUGGUCCCACAUUUGACUGCUUUUCUAUCCCAGUGUAAACAGACAUGUGGUCUGGCACUGUUGAUGAUGAUGAUGAUGAUGAUGAUGAUGACACUGCGCUGUUAACCCUCACAGUCUGAUGUGAGAGCCGCAGACCUGACGUCUUUAGGGAUGUCCGUGUACCAGAGUAGCAUAGACUCCGGCUCAGCCCCGCGAUAGUUGAUCUCUACACACUCCUCUGAGUCCUGUAGACUCUACACCCUUUUAACGCAAUGUGUCCACUAACCUCACUACACAGGCCAUGUAGAAAUCUCACUUUUUAACUCCAUAUUCCAUUUUACGCUAGAACGCUGAUACGUGAUCAAAUAUAUGUGUA